GUCUGAGGUCUGGAGGGGAGCAUCUGUGGGGGCCUGGAGCGCGCGCGCGCGUGUGCGUGUGUGUGUUCCCCUGCCGCGGGGAAAUGGCUGCUAGUGCUCGAUCUGGGCCCGCGGAGGAGAAUGAGGUAGAGUGUUUCCGUGCCUCGGAGUCGGACCGGGAGUGGAGCGAGGGGGAGCGCGUCCCCCCGGGGAAGUGAGACCGAUAGGGAUGCCAAAGGAAAAAUAUGAUCCUCCAGAUCCUCGCAGAAUUUAUACCAUCAUGUCCGCAGAAGAGGUAGCCAAUGGGAAAAAAUCUCACUGGGCAGAAUUAGAAAUCUCGGGUAGAGUGCGGAGCUUAAGUACAUCACUCUGGUCAUUGACACACUUGACAGCACUGCACCUAAAUGACAAUAACCUUGCUCGCAUUCCACCUGAUAUUGCCAAGCUUCAUAAUCUGGUUUACCUGGAUCUGUCAUCCAAUAAACUCAGAAGUUUACCAGCAGAACUAGGAAACAUGGUGUCUCUCAGGGAAUUGCUUUUAAAUGACAAUUAUUUACGGGUUUUGCCUUAUGAACUUGGCCGGCUCUUCCAGCUACAAACUCUAGGUUUAACAGGCAAUCCUUUAUCACAGGAUAUUAUGAGCUUAUACCAGGACCCAGAUGGAACCCGAAAGCUACUGAACUUCAUGCUUGACAAUCUUGCAGUUCAUCCAGAGCAGCUUCCUCCGAGACCAUGGAUUACAUUAAAAGAACGAGACCAAAUUCUGCCAUCAGCAUCAUUCACGGUUAUGUGUUACAAUGUGUUAUGUGAUAAAUAUGCUACCAGGCAGCUAUAUGGCUAUUGUCCGUCCUGGGCAUUAAACUGGGAAUACAGGAAAAAGGGAAUUAUGGAAGAAAUUGUUAACUGGGACGCAGAUAUCAUUAGUCUUCAGGAAGUGGAAACAGAGCAAUACUUUACUCUCUUUCUGCCAGCAUUGAAGGAUCGUGGAUAUGAUGGAUUUUUUUCUCCAAAGUCACGUGCCAAAAUCAUGUCUGAGCAGGAAAGAAAGCAUGUAGAUGGAUGUGCAAUAUUCUUCAAAACAGAAAAAUUUACAUUGGUGCAGAAGCAUACAGUGGAAUUCAACCAGGUAGCAAUGGCAAAUUCAGAUGGAUCCGAAGCAAUGCUGAACAGAGUAAUGACGAAAGAUAACAUUGGCGUUGCUGUGGUGUUAGAGGUCCACAAGGAGCUCUUUGGAACAGGUAUGAAGCCUAUUCAUGCUGCAGACAAACAGCUGCUUAUAGUGGCAAAUGCCCACAUGCAUUGGGACCCAGAGUAUUCUGAUGUGAAACUUAUUCAGACCAUGAUGUUUGUCUCAGAGGUUAAAAACAUUCUGGAGAAAGCCUCAAGUAGGCCUGGCAGCCCAACUGCAGAUCCCAAUUCCAUCCCGCUGGUGCUAUGUGCAGAUCUUAAUUCAUUGCCAGAUUCAGGUGUUGUGGAAUAUUUAAGCAAUGGAGGAGUAGCUGACAACCAUAAAGACUUCAAGGAACUAAGGUACAAUGAGUGUCUUAUGAACUUCAGCUGUAGUGGAAAGAAUGGAAGCUCAGAAGGGAGAAUCACACAUGGCUUCCAACUUAAGAGCGCCUAUGAAAAUAACUUGAUGCCUUAUACCAAUUACACCUUUGAUUUCAAAGGUGUGAUUGACUACAUUUUCUAUUCCAAGACUCAUAUGAACGUGCUUGGUGUCCUGGGGCCUUUAGAUCCUCAAUGGCUGGUUGAGAACAACAUCACUGGGUGUCCACACCCUCACAUCCCUUCAGACCACUUCUCACUGUUAACACAACUUGAACUCCACCCUCCACUCCCGCCUCUUGUCAAUGGUGUUCACUUACCUAAUCGGAGGUAGUGGAGUCCAGCCCCGCAGAGACGGGGUUCUGUCACUAUGGACCUGUACAGUUGUAAAUCAAAGUAUGUAGGAGUGAAGUAUGGCCAUCUUUAACGCUGCUUCUUCAGGUUCCUUUCACUAUGUGUUUGCUAUAAGACUUUGUAUAUUUUUGUGCUGCAUACUGAUAUCAUUUGGCACUAGGGCUGGAACCAAAGUAUAACUGUCUUUAUCUAUCUAUCCGAAAGCUUAAUACACUUUAAAAUUGGAUUUAUUUUCCUAUUAUAUUAGGAACCAACAUUCACAAUUGAUAAAUCACUAAUUUGAGACCCAACACCAUUGUUGUUCUCUAAAAACAAAUACAUUCUUUUGAAUGUUUUCAAAUAAGUCAAUCAUUUUUGUAAAAGGUGAUUUUUACAAACUCCAAAUACAAGAUUUUAAAUUGAAUGAUGGUAUACCUUAUAGGAAAAACUUUGAGUUUCUGUUUUCUUUCAUAACAAGCUGAUUUUUGGCUCUCAAGUCAUUUGCACAUUAACAAAGCACUUAAAUUUGCUUGAUUUGUACAUUAAAUAUGAUAUAGCCACUAGCUAUAUUAA